CGCGGGGGGCUUGGGGGACAGCUCGGCAUUGCCUCUCCGCCACCCGCCACACCAUGGGCAGCGCGGAGGACGCAGUCAAAGAGAAACUGCUGUGGAACGUAAAGAAGGAGGUGAAGCAAAUCAUGGAGGAGGCUGUCACCAGGAAGUUUGUGCAUGAAGAUAGCAGCCAUAUCAUUGCUCUGUGUGGUGCAGUGGAGGCUUGCCUCCUACAUCAGCUGAGGCGCCGUGCUGCUGGCUUCCUGCGCAGUGACAAGAUGGCAGCCCUGUUCACCAAGGUGGGGAAGACGUGCCCAGUGGCUGGGGAGAUUUGCCAUAAGGUACAGGAGCUACAGCAACAAGUAGAGGGCAGGAAACCCUCAGCAGGCAACCAGGAUGCCCUGCGGAGACAGGGCUCUGCCAGCGGGAAGGCUCCGGCUCUCAGCCUACAGGCCUUGAAACACAUAUGGGUACGCACAGCGCUCAUCGAGAAAGUGUUGGACAGGGUCAUGCAGUACCUCGUGGAAAACUGCAGCAAGUACUACGAGAAGGAGGCGUUACUGGCAGAUCCUGUAUUUGGCCCCAUCUUGGCCUCUCUUCUAGUGGGACCUUGUGCCUUGGAGUACACCAAGCUCAAGACUGCUGAUCACUACUGGACUGACCCCUCUGCUGAUGAGCUGGUUCAGAGGCACCGUAUCCGGGGUCCCCCUAAUCGCCAGGACUCCCCUGCAAAGCGUCCAGCCCUAGGAAUUCGGAAGCGGCAUUCAAGUGGCAGUGCAUCAGAGGACAGGCUGGCGGCCUGUGCCCGCGAGUAUGUGGAGUCCCUGCACCAGAAUUCAAGGACACGGUUGCUCUAUGGCAAGAACAAUGUGCUGGUGCAGCCGAAGGAGGACAUGGAGGCUGUCCCUGGCUACCUCUCCCUGCACCAGUCUGCAGAGAGCCUAACUCUGAAGUGGACCCCCAACCAGCUCAUGAACGGGACUCUGGGGGACUCCGAGCUGGAGAAAAGCGUUUACUGGGACUAUGCCCUGGUUGUGCCCUUCAGUCAGAUCGUCUGCAUCCAUUGCCAUCAGCAAAAGAACGGCGGCACGCUGGUGCUGGUGAGCCAGGAUGGCAUCCAGAGGCCACCACUGCACUUCCCACAGGGAGGUCACCUGCUGUCCUUUCUGUCCUGCCUGGAGAAUGGGCUUCUGCCCCGAGGACAGCUAGAGCCCCCGCUCUGGACCCAGCAGGGGAAGGGGAAAGUGUUCCCCAAGCUACGGAAACGCAGCAGCGUGCGGACUGUGGAUGUGGAGGAGAUGGGCACCGGGCGGGCCACAGACUAUGUGUUCCGGAUCAUUUACCCUGGCCACAGGCACGAGCACAUCACUAUUAACUACCACCACCUAGCGGCCAGCCGCGCGGCCUCGGUGGACGAUGAUGAGGAAGAGGAGGAUAAACUGCACGCGAUGCUCUCAAUGAUCUGCUCGCGGAACCUCACAGCUCCCAAUCCGAUGAAAGAUGCUGGUGACAUGAUCGAAAUGCAGGGCUUUGGGCCUGGCCUGCCAACCUGGCACCUGGAGGCCCUGUGCAGCCAGGGCCCCUCCUGCCUCUCCUGCUCCCCUGGCAGCUCCCCGUAUGCAGCCCUCAGCCAUUGCAGCUGUGUCCCUGACCGGCUGCCGCUCAGGCUGCUGUGUGAGAGCAUGAAGAGGCAGAUCGUGUCCCGGGCCUUCUACGGCUGGCUGGCCUACUGCCGCCACCUGUCCACAGUGAGGACCCAUCUGUCAGCGCUUGUGCGUCACAACAUCAUCCCUCCCGCGCGGCCCCCAGGAGCCUCAGGUGGCCUCACCAAGGAUGUGUGGAGCAAGUAUCAGAAGGAUGAAAAGAACUACAAGGAGUUGGAGCUGCUACGGCAAGUUUACUAUGGAGGUGUGGAGCACGAGAUCCGUAAGGAUGUCUGGCCCUUUCUGCUUGGUCACUACAAGUUUGGCAUGAGCAAGAAGGAGAUGGAGCAGGUGGACUUGGCAGUGGCGGCAAGGUACAAGCGGGUGCUGGCGGAGUGGAAGGCGUGCGAGGCGGCGGUGAGGCAGCGAGAGCGGGACGCGCAGCCGGCCACACUCCCCAAGUUCUCCUCGGGCAGCAGCAUCGACAGCCACGUGCAGCGCCUCAUCCACCGCGAGUCCACCAUCAGCAAUGACGUGUUUCUCUCUGUGGAUGACCUGGAGCCCCCAAAGCCCCCAGGCACUGAGGAUUCCAGACCCGAGCCUGAGCAGGAGCUGGGAGCAGGGGCCCCCGGCACCACCAUGGUGGAACAGCAGCAGUCAGUGGAGUUUGACUCUCCAGACUCAGGACUGCCAUCCUCUCGCAAUUACUCUGUGGCCUCGGGCAUCCAGUCGAGCAUAGACGAGGGGCAGAGCAUGGGCUUCGAGGAGGAGGAGGAGGAUGGCGGUGGGGAGGAAGGCUCCGACGGGCCGGUUCCGGCAGCCCAUGCUUCCUCAGAGCCGCAAGAUCCCAGCCAGGAGAAGGCCUCGUGGGCUCGUGAGCUGGAGCCAGGGGAGGAGCUUGCGGCCGUGUGCGCUGCUGCCUACACUAUAGAAUUACUGGAUACUAUGGCCUUAAAUCUGCACCGCAUAGACAAGGAUGUGCAGCGAUGUGACCGCAAUUACUGGUACUUCACGCCCCCCAACCUCGAGAGGCUCAGAGACGUCAUGUGCAGCUACGUGUGGGAGCACCUGGACGUGGGCUAUGUACAGGGCAUGUGCGACCUGCUGGCACCUCUCCUGGUCGUCCUCGAUGAUGAUCAGCUGGCCUACAGCUGUUUCAGCCACCUCAUGAAGAGGAUGAGCCAGAACUUCCCCAACGGCGGCGCCAUGGACACGCACUUUGCCAACAUGCGCUCCCUCAUCCAGAUCCUGGACUCAGAGCUGUUUGAGCUGAUGCAUCAGAACGGAGACUACACCCACUUUUACUUCUGUUACCGCUGGUUCCUCCUGGAUUUUAAGAGAGAGCUGCUCUACGACGACGUGUUUGCUGUGUGGGAGGUGAUCUGGGCAGCCCGGCACAUCUCAUCAGAGCACUUCGUCCUGUUCAUCGCCCUGGCCCUGGUAGAGGCCUACCGUGAGAUUAUCCGGGACAACAACAUGGACUUCACUGACAUCAUCAAGUUCUUCAAUGAACGGGCCGAGCAUCACGAUGCCCAGGAGAUCCUGCAGAUUGCCCGGGACCUCGUCCACAAGGCGCAGUGCAUGUGCCCACCGCAGCCCCAGUGGGGACAGCCAGAACGGCUGCCAGUUCGGGCAUGUGUCCUGGGUGCAGGAGACCGUGAGGCAGUCAGAAGAUGUGGGCCCGGUGGGAGAAGCCCACCUCAGCAGCACUGCCACUGCCUUUGGCCACCUGUGGCGACCCUGUACCCUCCCCCAGCCCGUACAGGGCACCCACAUGUACCUGUGAGUUUCACUCUCACCACCUAGCUCUUGCUUCAUGCAUUAGAUGUCCCCCUGGAAAAUGAUGCUUUCACCCGCUGGAUGGCCUGGAAUGCAGUGGGAGCACUGCCCUUGAGAGGAACCCCAGGGUGAUUCUUUAGGGAGGAAAUCCUGCAGUAGCUCCUGUCAGAGACAGGCCCCAGAGCUUUGGGGCAGCUGAUCGCCCAUCUCCGGCGCCUGCUGAGUCCCGGAGUCUGGGGGAGGGGAGGGGAGGAUGCCCGGGUCUCCUCUGUUUGUCCCUGGUGAGGAGCAAGGCCAGCCUGCCUGCCACAUGCUCCUCAGGAUACAAGGAGCCUGAAGACCCAAAUCGCCCUGGAGGAGCCCCACGCGUAGGCAUGUUGGGAAGGGCCUGGCUCCUGAUCCCAGGCCUGGGCGCGCUGCUGGCUCUGUCAUCCCCACUUGCCCUCCACCCCUAAACACACAAGGCUAAGGCUUUGUCCUGGGGCCAGGAGGCCAUUCUGCCACUGGGGCCUAUCCAGCAGUCACUUAGGUCUGAAGACCUCCGCCUUUGAGAAACAUGAAAAGGGCCCAGUGGCCCUUCUGCAUCCGGCAGUCUCCCCAGUCCACCCCUGUCCUGGGCACUGCAUGGCCUGAGGGCCAGCUGCCCCAUUGCCUACCCCUGUCUGUGAGUUCUCGGCCUCCACCGAGCAUGGUGGCCAUUGUGUGCCUGCCUUAGUGACUCUGGUUUUGUGAGAAGCAGAGCGUGUAUGUUUUUUGGUUCAGAAACUAUGCUCUUCAGUGUUAACAGACUAAUAAACACAGCAUUUGGCAAUG